GGCAGCAGUUACCCUUCGUGGACAACAGCCAAUCGAUUGGUGUGCUGUGCGGCGAGCCAGGAAGAGAGGCAAGAAAGCAAGAGGCAGAAGAUAAACAUGGACGCCCUUGCCGAUUACAGCAGCGACGAGGAUAGCAAUUCAGUCAAAGAUCAGAACGAGGCCAAGAAAAAAUCUGGCGGGCAGGGUGACAACUAUGAAAACGUCACCAUGGACCUGAGUGAGGGCAGCGACGACAACAAGGAGUCUUCCAGCAGGCCCUCGAAAGAUAGGGAGAGAAGCAAGAGUGGCAGGCAUGAGAAGAGGCACCACAAAAACAAACACUCAAGAAGGGAGGAUCGAGAAAGGAGAGACAACCGGAGAGAGGACAGACACAGAUCUGACCGGGACAGGAAAUACUCAAGGCGCUCGAGAAGCAGGUCCAGGUCUCCUAGGCGAAGGUCCAGGAGCAGGGAGAGACACAGGGACAGGAACCGGGACCACAAGUUUAAGAGAAGUCCCCCAACAAUCCCAGAAUUGGUUCCUAGCAGCAGCGCCGCAAUUAACACAGCAGAAAAAUGUAGGCCAAACUAUUUGAAUUCAGGGAGCUUAAGCGAAGCCGCUCGAAGUAGCGGAGUCUUAGGUGAAAAAGAUAGAAGCAUUUCUCCGCCAGCAACUAAAAGUCAGGAGGCGAUCCAGCUGUCGAGCGGAAUAGUUCCUGGUCUGACCAAUAACCCUACCCUCUCCAGAAUUCAGGAGCAGCUUCAAAAGAGGAGAGCUUUGUGGUCAACUAAGUCUGCAGUUGCCAAAGAAACGUGUGCAAAGUCAGGUAACAAUUGGGAGAGCACAACGCUCCCCAAGGACAAUGACGGCAAGAUGACUGCCAAAUUUAAAAGGCUGAUGGGCAUGAAGGGCGUUGAAGCUGAGCCCGAACCAAGAGGUCCGAAGAAGCCGCCGGCUGCCGCCGAGCAGCACAAGCAGCAGGAUGAGAUGUUCAAUAAGAUGGAGAGGCAGUACGAGGUGGCGAGGCUGGCCACCCACUCGUACCGCGGCAUCGGCCUUGGCUUCGGCACCUUCCAGUGCAAUCCCCGUUAAGUUUUACUCCUUAUGGUGUUUAAUUUUUGGAAUCAUGCAGACCUUGAAAUCCAUCCACCGUUGAUGAACAGUGCACCGUGAUUGCUUUUCGGAAAUUUACUUGUAUAAUGUAUCGACGAAAACAUUAAAUGUUCAAGCCAAGGAAAUCGA